CCUAAUCCCAGCCAGAAUCAGGAUGUACAACAACGGAGCGCGGGGCUUCUCCAUACACGACGCCUUCGAGGAGGAAACCGACGAGGCGAUACGCGUCUAUGGAUCCACGGUGAUAUCCACGCAAGGUCGCUCCACCGAAGACGUCUCCAUACGGAUUCAGGAUCCCAAGGGCUACAACAAGUAUGCCGAGGACACAACCUCCCGGGACAGCGAUUCGCUCAUCCAGGAGUACGGAAACCUGCCCACGGAGGAGACCAACACAUACUGCUGGCGGCACCCGAAGGUCCGUGAAAAUUGGCGCACCGUACUGGCAGCCUUUACGCUGCUCGUCGUGGGCACAGGACUCUUUGUGAUGGGCACCUUCGCCAUCGCCGAUCCGCAGAACACGUCGCAGGGAGUCGUGUUCUUUGUGGCCGGACUCAUCUGCUUCAUACCCGGAGCCUACCACGUCGUCUACAUCUGGCUGGCGGCCAAGGGAUACCGAGGGUUCGACUUCUAUCACCUGCCGCUGUUCACAUAAGCAGCUGGAACACCUGGACUCAUUCGACUGGUUGAUCCAAGGACAGUGGACAGAGCAGGAUCUAUAAAUAUAACGCAAUGUGUUUGUUUAUAUUUGUAUAAACAACUUAUUUUCUAUUUCCUAAUCGUAAUUAACCCGAAACUCGGUUUGUGUAACGUCCUUUUUGUGUUUAGCGGCAAAAAUUUCGUUUAGACAAGGCCCCCGUCCCCUUUUUUCCCCCUGAAAACCUAAAAACCCGAAUCGAAAUCUAGCAAUAUAUAUAGAUUAUAUAUUUUACAAUAUUUUCUAUUAUGUACUCGGUAAAAAAAAGUGUGUUUUUCGGUAUACCCCCAGAAAACAUUCAUACGUACACUCGAAAUUUAUUUAAACAAAAGAGAAAAAAACAAACGAAAGACUUUGUAUAUGAUGCUAACAUGUUGAGGAAGCGCUAGAGUUAUAAUGUAUACUAUAUAUAAUUGUAAUUGUAAUUUAUUGAAAUUUAAUUGCACCAAAAACGCUGGCAAGCGUACGAAAAUGUUUUACGAUUUUCAAAACCAACACUCAAGAAAACAAAAGAAAAGAAAAGAUUUAACCGUACACCCACGAAUCUAUGUAUAUGAUUAGUGAGCGUCUGUCCAGGGAUGCGCCUUAAAGAACUAGAUCUAGACUUUAGUCAACGUCGAAUUAUAUGAUUAUGUUUAAACGUUUAAACCUAAUCGAUUGCAGCGAGCAAACCAUGAUAAUACCAAGCUACUAGUGAUGUAAGACGAUGCGCCGAUAUUGCAAUACGUUCUUUUAUAGCUAUUAUAGUGAUGACGCGUCUCUUUUCCGCUGACCUUUAACCCCGUCCUCUAAUGAAAUUACUUCUCACAGUCAUUCACAUUUCUAAAGAUAAAACCAAUCAAUCACCACACACCUCAUCUGCCGUUUAGUUGUUAAUGUCGUAUAAUUUCUUUUUUAAGAAAUGCUGAAUAUGGUUGUAUUAAAACAAAAAUAAUUAUUACAAGCAAAAAACCCAAAAAAAAAACGAAUAAAAUUACCUAAAACACAUAAAUACGAUUUAUGGCUAAUACAGGAAUUCUUCUUUUUCCAAAUUAUACACAACACCUAAAUUUUAGCUGUAACUUUGUGACUAUUGUAUGUAUUUUCCCAUUGAAUGUUGGUUUUUAUUCGAAUUAAACAUAUUAUUUUUGAA